AUGUCCGAGAAUGCUGAAAACUUCGACCAGUCUUUGGAUACAAAUAAAGUAAAAAUGAUUGAAGAAAGAUUGUAUGGUCCUGUUUAUUUUUCCUUCGGAGAGGAUAUUUUUUCUAUCAAUGAGAUCUUCUUAGUAAGGAAGCCUGACACGUUCAUGUCUAUAUUUUACAAAAAUUCUGAUGAGUUUGGAUCGAUUAAUCAGGAUAGGAAAGUUCGAGUACUUAAAAUGACUGAAAUUAGCCCUUUGAUGACUCCGGUCGUAAAAGAUUAUUAUGAGAAUGAUAUUAUUCCAAUUUAUAGUAUCAAGUAUGGGAUUGAACAAAAAAAGUUUGAGAAGGACUUGGAUUGUUUGUUAAUCAAAUCUAAAGAAACUUUUGAAGACAAAUUGCACCAUUAUGAUUCAGAUAUUCUGCCAUUUGUUAAUUAUAGUAGAGAAUGGCGUGUUUUUGUUGAAGGGGGAUAUGGGUUUUAUUGUGUUUCUGAGUAUUUUGAAUUUAUAAAGAAUGGGCUUUUAGAAUAUUUUCCAAAUUUUAAGAUAAGUGAGAAGGCUGAUAAGUUUUGUAAAUCUAAAUCGAUUGUGAUUGAGAAGGUGCUUGACAAAAAAAGAGUCGUCGAAAUGGCUGAAAAUACAUUCAAGAAGCGUUUGAUAUAUGUGAAAGAUGAUGAUUAA